AUGACGACACUGUUGCCUCCAGAGCUUUUGGACCGCGAUGUGGAUUUGAUAAAUUUGUCGCACCCUAAAACAGGGAAACUCACGACCUUUGCCGCUACAGAAUCCCUACUGUUCCAAAAGGUCGUAGUGAAAAAUUCAGGCCCACAUUCACUGCUCUUUGACGGUUACGUGGUGUCUGAUCCUUCUAUUAGCGUGUUCAUUCCCGUGAAUCCGUUUUUCGUCGUGCUCCCUGUUCUUUUCAAGUGCAAAGAUCGGCACCUUCCUUUGGACUUGUUAAUGGACAUGCUCGGCGACGACGAUUCGGACGCGUUUCCAACACACUUGCUACAAGAUUUGGACAAAAUCUGCCAAAACGAAAACGAAAUGUACAAAUUGGACCUCGAAAAGCUGUUCGUAUGGCUCUCUGCGCUGGUCGCAGAACUCGAAAUUCCCGCGUCACUUUCUGCAAAAUAUACCCGGGCAAUAGCACCCAUAGACCCCACACAACCGAUCGACGAGUCACUGAAACAGUCUGUCAAGGAAUUUGCUGCGUUGCAGCUUGUUUGCAGCUGGCUGGACGAGCCUACGUCUGAAUGGCUCAACUCAAAGUACGAUUUCGCAGGCCUGACUGCGCACGUAGACGCAAUCCAAAGCGAAAGAGCAGCAUCAUUGGCAUUACAGCGUUUGAGCGAGCCUGCAGCAGCGAAAAAAGCUCGAGUACCGCCUGCCAAACGGCCCAAGGUGUCAAAAAACAAAUCCGUGUUGGAUUUUUUCAAAAAGGUAUAG